AUGGUUUUACAUUUAUCUUGUUCUUCUUCUUCCUCCAAUGUUCACAGCUACUACCAUGACGCGAUAGUCACUCGUUCGCAACCCAUUCCUCUGAGGUUGGAAAAUUGAUUUCAAUUGUGUAACCGACCGACCAAUGUUUUUCUGGGUCAUGAUGGUUUCUUUAAUUGGUUGGAAAUAGAAAAAAUUGAUGUGUGGAUGGUAUCGAAUUGUUGUUUUAGGUCGUCGCCCUAUUCUACCUGCGAUGACUCCUCGACCGUCCCGGUGGAUCGCCUUUAUUCUCCGCUCUCUUCGUCGGCGGAGUCGCUAAGUUCCAUCAAGUCGAGGUACGUACGGAAAAUUAAUUUUCGAAAGCUUCGCUUUUAAACAGUUAAUUUUUUAAGCAGUGUAUUACUAACUAUGUAAUAUUUCAUAGGGCAAAAAAAUCUUUUUGUUGGCUUGUAAAAGUUAAAAUUGAGAUUUUGUUAAAUGCCGUGGAAUUUAUUAAAUUUCAUGACUUUAUUGAGACGUUCGGCAAUUUUUGUAUAGUGUUGCUCAGAGAUCUGACUCUCCGCUUAUCGCAAAAAAUGUUCUCUUCGUUGGCUAAGUUAGGAGUGAGUAACGGACAAGGUCAUUCAGACAUAGGUGUCAGAGUUAGGUGCGACUUUUCUGUGACACUUUAAAGUCUUAUCUCUCUCUCUCUCUCUCUCUGCGAAAGUUCUAUGAAGGGUGCCUAAAAGAAAAGUUUGUUGUCGUGUGUAAUCGCGAAGGAAUUAAUGCUGAGCCGUAAAGACCUAAUCAAACUUCUUCUGUUCUCAGCUUCGAUAACCCCCUUCGGAAUUUCAGUUGUUCCUCACGAUCGUGGGCCGAACGGGAGAUGGAGCGCGUCCAACGCCGGAAGCUGCUCGAUUCGAGUCUGCUGAAGAUCCGAGGCAGCGCCAAUCUCCCUCUGCGCAAACAUCUUCUCGUCUACAACACCAUCAAAAACCUCCAGGUACACGGAAACCGAAGUCGGCUGAAAUAACUGAAGAGUGGGUCUCAGCGCGACCUAGACCUGCUGGACGACGAGGAACUGUAUUGCAACUUGAUGGGUCUGCCGAGCUGUGACUCGGCCGACGACUCUGAGCGAAUGAAUGUCGACGAGUGCCGAUGGAUGCGUAGCCAACGGGAAAAGUCGGAUGAGCUGACUGCCGCCCCUCCGGUUCAAGAGGAGCGCAAUGACGAGUCUUUCAUCAAUUACAACGGUGAGCCUUUGAAGAAACGUGUCGUCGGCCGAUGCUCUAAAUUAGAUGAAAGAAGGGAGAAUGAUGGAUGCUAAAUUCAGAUGAAGGGUUCGAGAUGGAAGAUGUUGAUGGAAUUGAGAGCAACAAUCCAAGUGACGUGACCACGAAGACCUGGUCUUGGAGCAGCGAAGACUCUGGAGCCGACAUUUUCGACAAUCUCCAGGUACUUCACGACUUGAGAAAAAAGUUGAGAAAUGUUUAUCAUUUGUUUGAACAUCCAAGUUGAAAAAAUUAGGAAAAAAUUGAUGAAUGGUUUUUCAUAACUUGGAAGGAAAAAAAAUAAGCAAAUAUUCAUUUGAUCGUAUAAAAAUCGAAAACUUGUCGCUUUGUUAGCUCAUAUCAACGUCCUUCCACUAAAAUGCCUAGAUAUCCUAUCUUAGUAGCUAUCUCGUGCCGCUCCUUCUUCAGUUGCUAUCUUUCUUUCUCGAUCUGUUUUGAUCCCUCGCGUUUCUCUUCAAAUCUCUCUCUCUUUCUCUCUUUUUUAUCUUUCCCUCAAGCCACAAAUAGGGCUGCGCCCACGCAGCACGUCACGUUGUGCUUUUGCUGAGGCCACCUAAAUCCAGCAUCACGUCAUGUUAGAGAGCAUUGGCAAUAUUUAAUGAGUCUCUGGCUAUUUUAGUGGCUUGCGCAGAGUGUUGUCGAAAAUUAGAAAGAUGCUGGAUGUGAGUAUGAAGAAAUUAAUAAAUUCCUUUUUUUAAGUUGAUGGAAAAAGCAUAAUUCAUGAAGGAAAAGAACUCUUGAUAAUGAACUCAAAAUUGUAUUUAAAGCUAAAGUACUCGAUUGUACGCCGUCGCUCAGGGUUUCAUUCAACAAAACUUCCAAAGUUAUAGCAACACUAAGAGUUCUAUUGAUUCUGGUUGCUAACUGUAUAAUUUCAGGAGUCUCGCUCGACUCCUCUUUCGUCGUCUUCGGGUUUCUGGCCUUCGCACCAGCCGACUUACAACGCUUGGGCUUGCGAAGGCGCCAAUGGCCUGUACAACUGGGGCCAUUCUGGUUUCGAUCUUUGGGGCGCUGCCGACCUGAACCAGGCCGAUCCUCUCGGCACCGGUCGUUUCGAGUUGCAGCAUCUGUUUCCUUCGCAGCUCCUGCUGCAGGCCUAA